GCUCAAUUCCUUUACCAGCUUCACUACUUGCAUUUGAUUUAGGGGUUGAGUAGGAAAGAAACCCUAGGUUUCUUGAAUUCUCCUAUAGCAAUCCCUAAACUUCUUGUUAUCAAAAAAAGAUUUUUCAAAAUAUAAAGAAGAAACACUAAUUAAGAGAGGAGAUGGAGAAACACAUUCAUUUGGCUUUUGUUUUUGGCAUACUAGGUAACAUCAUUUCCUUCAUGGUGUUCUUGGCUCCCCUGCCAACAUUUUACCGAAUAUGGAAAAAGAAAUCAACACAAGGUUUCCAAUCACUUCCCUACUUGGUGGCUUUGUUUAGUUCCAUGCUUUGGCUAUACUAUGCCAUAGUCAAGACAAAUGCUCGUCUCCUCAUUACCAUUAACUCAUUUGGAUGUGUCAUUGAGACUAUUUACAUUGUCAUCUACACAAUCUAUGCCACCAAAGAUGCCAGGAUCUUAACGGUAAAACUAUUUAUGGUGAUGAAUGUGGGCUCAUUUGCCUUGAUCUUCUUUACCACCCAAUUUGGUAUGCAUGGUUCCCUUCGAGUCCAAGUCCUUGGAUGGAUUUGUGUAUCUUUUGCGGUUUGUGUCUUUGCAGCACCUCUAUGCAUUGUGGCAAAGGUUAUUCGAACAAAGAGUGUAGAGUUUAUGCCAUUCAAUUUGUCAUUUUUCCUCACAUUAAGUGCCAUAAUGUGGUUUGCUUAUGGUCUCUUACUCAAGGAUAUAUGCAUUGCUCUCCCAAAUGUGUUGGGUUUCACAUUGGGACUACUUCAAAUGUUGUUAUAUGCUAUUUACAACAAAGGUAGCAAGGUAUCUAUAAAGGAGGACUAUGCCCUAAACCCAAUGACAAACGUUGUUGUAGUGAACCCAUUAGGAACAUGUGAAGUAGUUACAAUUCCAGAUAUUGAUAUUGUGACUACUCAAGGAAAAGAUGGUGCAGAAGAAAAGGAGAAAAAUGUGGAAAAUCUAGCAUGAUAUAUAUAGCAUGCUUAUGGUGUUUGUUAUGUGAAUUCAUGUGGUUUUUAAUGUUCUUCAAUCGGUGUAAUAAUACAUUAGUAUAUGGCUAAAAGUUAAAUGAUGUAAUGUUGGUUGGAGUACCAUUGUACUCCUUUCAAUAAAAGUUUUUUUUAUAAAAAAAUUAUUUGUUGGAUUAAUUAA